UCUCAUCAAAGUUUCUGUACUUUUAAGCCCUAGAAGUCUCAUCCUUCUCUCCAUUAUGAAGUCAAAACUUGCACUCUUCCUUUUGUUCCUCUUUGUAUUCUCUGCAUUUGCAAUUGUUGAGGAAGACGAUGAAGAAGGAAAGGUUAGAGUCCUUGCCAUUGAUGGAGGGGGUAUUAAAGGGAUUGUACCGGGAGUUAUUCUUAAACAGCUUGAAGUUGCCCUCCAGAAACGGAACUCAAGUGCGAGAAUAGCAGAGUAUUUUGAUGUGGUUGCUGGGACCAGCACUGGAGGGCUUAUAACUGCAAUGCUCACUACCCCUGACCCUCAAAACCCAGAUCGUCCUCUCUAUCCUGCUGAUGAAAUUCUCCAGUUCUACAGACAAUAUGGUCCUUCCAUCUUCACUCUAUCCACCGACUGCCAAUAUCCUGGUAUUCAGUGUCCGAAGUUCAACGGGACGUUUUUACGAAAAAUAGCAGCCGAGAUAUUGAAUGAAACGCUUCUAAACCAGACAACCACAAAUGUUGUCAUUUCUUCCUUCGACAUCAAGCUUCUUCUGCCAACUAUAUUCUCAAGCUUCAAGAUAAAGGAUGUUCCUCACUUAAAUGUCAAACUCUCCGACGCAUCUAUAGGAACCUCAGCAGCACCGAUCGUGUUUCCACCCUAUUAUUUCAAAUACAAUAAUACUGAAUUUAAUCUCGUUGAUGGUCUUUUCAUUGCAAGUAUGCCGGCAAGGCUUGCAAUCGGUGAGGUGCUACGACAAGAAGAGUACAAGAACAGAGAAAUCAUUAUGCUAUCUAUAGGAACUGGAAAUGUAAACAAUUCCGGCGUCGUGGGUUUUGAUGCUAAUCAUACUUGGACUCUCCAGGAAUGGCAGGAUAGCGCUUUAACUAUGAUUGAAGCUGCAUCUUCAGCCAUGAAUGAAUAUUACAUUAACUCAACUUUCCAACUUCAACCUCAGGAAAACUACCUUCGAAUUCAGGAAUACAAUUUAGAUCCAAACAUUAGUUCGGAUGAUGCUUCAGAAGAAAACAUGGAUAAACUAGAAGAGGUGGGACAGAAUUUGUUGAAUCAACCAGUUAAAAGGAUGAAUGUGGAUACUUUUGUCCCUGAGGAAACUGGUGAAGGUACCAAUGCUGAAGCCCUGGACAAGCUAGCUCAGAUUCUUUAUGAAGAAAACAUUCGUCGUCUUGGAAAGGGCACGAAGAAAGUGAAGAAAGGAUUCUUCACUCGUUUAGCCACUUAUUGAAUCUGCUGCGGAAAUGCUAUUCUAAUAGCAUUUUAAAUAGUUAUGGCGUUAUUGCCACUAUCGGCACUUUAAUAAAUAAAAAAUUGUACUAAAUAAAUGGAAAUGUAAUUCUCUGCUUUGAUGAUGUCCUUGAUGUUGUAUCGUAUGCUGGCUAUGCAUAAAGCACCAGCAAAUAAAUAAAAAUUAAGUUUGAGA